UGGCGCAUGCGCGGAGUCUCCCGUGCCCUCCGCGCGGGCCGCCACCGGGCCGGGUCCGCCCUGAGCGGCUCCCCGCGGCGCCGCCGCCAUGAACGCGGCACAGGGCACGGUGGGCAGCGACCCCGUCAUCCUGGCCACGGCGGGGUACGACCACACGGUGCGCUUCUGGCAGGCGCACAGCGGCAUCUGCACCCGCACCGUGCAGCACCAGGACUCCCAGGUGAACGCCCUGGAGAUCACGCCCGACCGCAGCAUGAUUGCGGCUGCAGGGUACCAACACAUCCGCAUGUACGACCUCAACUCCAACAACCCCAACCCUGUCAUCAACUACGACGGUGUGAGCAAGAACAUCACGUCUGUGGGCUUCCACGAGGACGGCCGCUGGAUGUACACGGGUGGGGAGGACUGCAUGGCGCGGAUAUGGGACCUCAGGUCUCGUAACCUGCAGUGCCAGCGGAUCUUCCAAGUAAACGCUCCCAUUAACUGCGUCUGUCUGCACCCCAACCAGGCUGAGCUAAUUGUGGGUGACCAGAGUGGGGCCAUUCACAUCUGGGACCUGAAAACAGACCACAAUGAGCAGCUGAUUCCAGAGCCUGAAGUCUCCGUGAAUUCUGUGCACAUUGACCCUGAUGCCAGCUACAUGGCAGCUGUUAACAGCUCGGGAAACUGCUACGUGUGGAACCUGACGGGUGGCAUCGGAGAGGAGGUAACCCAGCUGAUCCCCAAGACCAAGAUCCCAGCACACAACCGCUACGCCCUGCAGUGCAAGUUCAGCCCCGACUCCACGCUUUUGGCUACCUGUUCUGCAGAUCAGACAUGUAAGAUCUGGAGGACUUCAAAUUUCUCUUUGAUGACAGAGCUGAGCAUUAAGAGCAAUAAUCCAGGGGAAACCUCUCGUGGCUGGAUGUGGGACUGUGCCUUCUCCGGAGACUCGCAGUACAUUGUCACAGCCUCUUCAGAUAACUUGGCCAGACUGUGGUGUGUGGAGACUGGAGAGAUCAAGAGGGAAUACAGCGGGCACCAAAAAGCAGUCGUCUGCCUUGCUUUCAAUGACAGCGUGUUGGGAUAAUGGUUGUAUUGGAACAAAAGGACCUCUGCUUAUUUUCUCGUCUGAAAACGGCCAGCACCCUCUCUGGACCUAGAAAUGUGCUGUUAGCCAUCCCCAUUCCCCUGGUGGAGAGGACUCAACUCUGGCAGAAACAGCUGCAGCUGCCUGGAGCAACACCAGGCUUCAGCUCCAGGCAGACCAUUACUGAAACGUGUUUGGCCUCCCAGGGGGGCCGCUGGGACAAAAGGGAAUGGGAGGCACAGUGCCACUGAGGGGAGCUGGGUGCAGAGCAGCUGCUGGAGACAUCCCUGUGGCUUCUGCUCUUGACAGCUUUGUGAUUUUUUUAUUUUUAUUUUUUUCCCAAAGUGGAAAAAAUCAGCCUUUCUAAAUGAUGGAAUGGGCUGUACAGAGAGAGGAAAGGCAGCUGCUUUCUUGUUCUGCAGUCCCUUUAUUCAAAUAUGUGUUUCACAGACUUUUUUGGGAGAUCUGCUCUCUUAGAAAACCACCACCCCCAGCAAGUAUAACAACCCAGUAUCGAACAGAGCACAUGGCCACAAAACACAAGCUACUCCAUGUGUUUCCUCUGUCUAGAUCUACUGCCUACGUACAAGAUGCAGCCCUGGAGUGCAGCUGCAAAUAAAGUGUCUGUACCAACA